AUGUGGGGACAUGAUGCCGGUGUCAAAUGGACACUUGGUCAGCUGCGACACUUAGUCGGUGAAGCGAUGCAUUUACGAGCCGAACAGCGUAUGGAAUUUGUUUGGAUAACACAUUUUCCGUUGUUCACAGUUAAUGCGGAAGGUCGUCUAGAAAGUGCUCAUCAUCCUUUUACUGCUCCUGUACCGGAUGAUAUACCAUUACUUUACGAGCCGAACAAACUUCUUUCGAUUACCGGUCAGCAUUAUGAUUUGGUAUUAAAUGGUGUUGAGUUGGGUGGUGGUUCAAUCCGAAUUCAUAAUGAGGACAUUCAGCGACAUAUAUUAUCUACGAUACUUGGCGAAUCGUUAGAAGAACUUGAGCAUAUGCUAAAAGCAUUAUCUUAUGGUGCUCCACCUCAUGGUGGUUUUGCAAUUGGUCUUGACCGAUAUAUAGCUUUAUUAGCUGGACGAGGAGACUCAAGUGUACCAAUCCGAGACGUUAUCGCUUUUCCGAAAAGCAAAGAAGGCAAUGAUCUUAUGACUAGAUGUCCUGUUGAAGCUACUUCAUCACAAUUAAGCAGGUAUGGUAUCUCCGUGUCCGUGACGAAUGAUGUAAAGGUAGCAGGUGACGAAAUUUUGAGAGAAAAAGAUGGCAAAAUUCAAUCAUCACACUAA